AUGGUGGCUGGUACCGACGGGGCAGUCGUGCUCCGGGAGGCAAGCAAGGAGGACUGCCACCGGUCCAGUUACAACCUGAAGUCGAGGCUAGCAGACUCCCAGGUAUCCUACGCACGAGUUGCUCAGGCACCCAAAGCGGUUCCGUUCGAUCCUGUGGAAAAAUACAAACAGAACCUCGUGCCCAUAUCAGCACGGGAUCAGUGGUCUGGAGGACACAGCAGAGGCUUUCUCAGGCUGCAGCAGCUUCCUAGGAGAAAACUUCAGACAACCAAAGGCGUGGCGAGGGAGGAGCCCAAGCACAGGUUGGCGACCCUGUCGGCUAAGCCUGCUCCAGCCAAGGCAGACGCCAAUCCCAGGAAGGUGGCGGGCAAGGAUAAAUCUUCUGACAAGAAAGUUCAAACAAAAGGGAAAAGGGGAGCAAAGGGAAAACAGGCCGAAGUGACUAACGAAGAAACAAAAGAAGACUUACCUGCUGAAAAUGGAGAAACUAAAAACGAGGAGAGUCCCGCCUCUGUUGAAGCAGAAGAGAAAGAAGUCAAGUCUGAUUAA